GUUACACAUUACUUGAACAAAUACUACAGAAUGACUGCUAAUAGUACAGAAGAUGACGAUUGGCUAUUUGAUUCGGUUACUAGAUACAAACAUUUGCACAUGUAUGAUCUCCAAUACCCAGUGACAGCUUUAGCAUGGAUUGACACAAACGGUGUCUGUGUUGCAACAAGAGGAAUGUCUAAACAUGAAGUAACAGAGCUUAGCCUCCCAGAUAAGCUGUGUACUACUGAAGAUAUGGCAUUGUCAAAGAACAGAGAUUUCCAGGUUCUUACGGGAGGUUUCAGUUCCACAGAGAUCAGGGACAUCAAGCACAUCCCAGGAACAAGAUUAAUAUGCACAAGUGCAGUCAAUGUUGAAGGCCAGUUGGUUGUGUGGAAGUUGGGAUCUCGGGAUACAGAUCUGAUAAAAAUAGACAGAAAGCUGAAGAAUGUAAAACCAAGAGGAUCAUGGUCAUUGAUAGCAGUACAAGAACAGGAUCAUGUGACCUUUGGUUCUCAUGGGGAUAACCUUUGUUGCACAGAUAUCAUGACCCAAUCUGUUGUGCAAGACACUAGUGAAUUUUCUAAUGCUGACAAAAUCACAAGCAUCAGAAACAUGGACUCUCAUACUGUGUAUUGUUGCUUAAUCAAUGGACAGUUACUUAAAUGGGACAGGAGGGAGAAAUUUCCAGUUGUUCUUGACACUAAUUGUGUACAAUCUGCCAGGUGGACUCUAGAUCUCAGUGGAAAUGAUGUAGUUCAGAUAUCAUGUAAUGGUCAUGUUUAUUUCCUUGAUGCCAGAAAACCUGACCAGGUGAUAAACUCCAACAAUAUUGGCCUAACUUCUAGUAAUGUAGAGAGUCUCAGAAUUUGCUUAAAGAAGAAGAAUGAUUACCCUAUGCAGUACUCAAUUUCAGGAUUUGAUGGAAAAGUUUACUUGUAUUCAAGAGAUUCUUCAUCACCAGUAUUUGUUCAUGAAGGACAUAUAAGAAAUUGCUGUGACGACCCUUCAGUUGUUAGGGUUGUAACUCAUCUAAGCCACUCAGCUGAGAAUAUAAUUUUAUCUGCUGCUACAGAUGGUUCCUUGCAUGCAUGGCAAAACACUUGAAGAAAAGCUGAACUCAGAGGGUUGAAACUAUUAUAUUAGAUUCUACUCUGUUAUGUCAGGGUUUUUAAUGCUGAGGAAAAUUAUAUGCAAACCUCGUUGGAAUUGAAACCAACUUUACAGAUGCGUAUAGAUUAGGUACCUUCGAAAAGCAAGUAAAAUAUUACGAAGAAAAAGUCCAUCUUGAUUAAAUUUAUUGGGAAUAUAAGAACUUGAUAUAUAUUACUUAUAUUCAAUAUGAUUCAGUUUAGAUAAUAGAUAAAGAUAUUUUUAGUUUUAUUUUUAUGUAUUUUGAAAUAAUUAAAUUUAAUAAAAAUUA